CAAAAUAUUUUGGAAUUGAACGAUGUGAUACAUCGAGAAGCAGAAUCGUUGAGUGGUGAUUUUGUUGAACUGUCGUGGUGGAUGCAAGAGGAGAGUGAACGUGGUAUUGGGCUGAGUGAACAGCUGAUUAAGACGGCUCAUAUCAGUAUUUUGGAUUGUGAUGAGAGGGUUUUUGAGAGGAACCGAGAUGGCGGUAAUGAGGCCAUCGAGUCCGCAAUUCUAUUUGCCAUACAAUUGGUUUAUAAGCGUUUAGUGGAUGACGGCGAGGAGAAGACUGCAAAGAAAACGAACGAUGCAGAGCGCUUAUUGGAUCGUAUGAGUAGAUUGUUCGGUGUAAUGAUGGCAGUGGAUUUGAGCAAGGUUUGA